CACGACCUCGCAUCAACCCGACUGCUCGUUCGUUCAGUUCGAUGCUGCGCGAGAGAGCUUUCACGACCACGUUUUCGCAAAUCACCAAGCUUACGUCUGAGUUUUCAACAAGUUUCCAUUCUUCGUUUGCCCAUAAAAAACAUUAUGAAGAGGUGCAAAUUUUGCGAAGUUUCUAAAACUCUGUGAAAAUUUUUAACCAUCUGCAAGCUUUCUCAUGUAGAGUGUACGAUCGUUACAAGCUUUCGUCAUUCUCGUUUAUUACACCAUCCAUGAAUUCGUGUAAUUAAUUUAUCUAACUUGUUUACCAACUUGCUUUAAUAAUUAAUACGAACAUCUGCGAGGUGUCAAGUGGAAAUUCUCGUAGUACACAGGCAUUCUGAGGGAUCAGGUGCAAAAGCAUAGCGCAUAAUUCGGACAUGUGAGGAGAAUUCGUGUCAAGGAUUCUGAUAUUAAAGAUUAAAGUGGGGCAUGGCGAAUGGGUGACAGACGCAAAUCCACUGCAGACUGAAGGUGUUUUUCAGCGUCGGUGGGACCAUGUGAGGGGUUUCGACCAUGAGGAGUGGCGGCCAGAGUGGUGUAUGGACAGCAACCGUGAUUAUAUUGUCGAUCGGCACCUGGGUAGGCAGAGUCGGGCCACGUCCAGCAGAUGGGGAGCUCGCUCAUCUGACAUCGCCACGUGAGCGUGGAACCGUUCGACAGGUUCUUUCCGAGGUGCCUUUGAUCGACGGUCACAAUGAUCUACCGUGGAACAUCCGGAAGUUUCUCCACAGUCAAUUGGCGGACUUUGAAUUCGAUAAGGAUCUGCGCCAAAUCGCGCCUUGGAGCAAGAGCUCUUGGAGCCAGACGGACUUGGUCAGACUGCGGCAGGGCAUGGUCGGUGGUCAGUUUUGGGCCGCUUAUGUUCCGUGCGAGUCUCAGCAUCUCAACGCGGUUCAGCUGACUCUAGAGCAGGUAGACCUCAUUAAGAGGCUCAUAGAAAAAUAUUCCCAGCAUAUGCAGUUCGCUGCAUCAUCAAGGGAGAUUUUGGAGGCCCAUGGGAGAGGCAGAAUAGCUUCUUUAAUUGGAGUGGAGGGUGGACAUAGUCUAGGAAGUAGUUUAGCCGUUUUAAGAACGCUUUACCAGUUGGGUGUACGGUAUCUCACAUUGACGCACACCUGCAACACACCAUGGGCGCAAAGUUCGUCAGUGGCGGACGACGAUGAAGCUGGCGGUGGCUUGACAGAAUUCGGCAAGGCGGUAGUUCAAGAAAUGAAUAGACUCGGAAUGCUGAUAGACCUCAGCCACACUGCGAGGGCAACCAUGAGGGAUGCUCUAAGGGUCAGUAAAGCGCCGCUCAUUUUUUCACACUCCUCAGCAUACGCCAUUUGUAAUUCCUCCAGAAAUGUGCCCGACGAUAUUCUCAAGCAACUGGCUGAUAACGGCGGACUGGUGAUGGUCACGUUUUACAAUUAUUUCGUGAAAUGCGGACCUCAAGCUAGCGUCUCGGACGUGGCUGAGCAUAUAUACUAUAUUAGGAACCUAAUUGGCGUGGACCAUAUUGGAGUAGGCGGGGAUUUCGACGGCAUCAACAAAACUCCGCGCGGUCUCGAAGACGUAUCGAAGUACCCCGAACUAUUCGCCGAACUUCUCCGGAGUGGCAAGUGGAAUGUGCACGACCUAAAGAAAGUCGCCGGCUUGAAUUUACUGCGAGUCCUCACACAGGUAGAGCGUGUGAGGGACGACAUGAGAACUGCGGGAAUUACGCCGUCCGAGGAAUACCUUCCAGAUUCGCCGGACGCGAAGGGCAACUGCGCUCUGGAUAUUAACUCUGUGCAAAGGGUCACGGAAGUCUGAUCGAUCGACUAUACGCACUGCCCGACGACAUGCGAAUUAAUCUUAUGCCUGCACAACCGUUCCACGCAGAUGGGCAUGGCCGUGAGAUAACGGGACACGCCGAGCGCCGGCUCAAGGCAAAAAUUCAAUAAUCUCGAUUGCUGCGACCUUUACGCUCGCAAAAGUUCUUCGAACCUCGUGCGAAAGCUCAAUUAAACGUCGAC